GUCUGCAUACUAUUAACAUGUUAUUACCAGAUGUGUCUUACAUAUUGAUUCUGUAUUCUGUGGUAGUUAAACUCUCACACCUUCCAGGUCUAUAUCUGCCUUUCUAAUUUAACAAACACAAACGAAAGGAAACUUGAAAAAAUGCCCAAGAGGAAGUCACCUGAGGGAGCUGAAGCUAAAAGCACCACUAAAGUUACAAAGCAGGAGCCCACUCGGAGGUCAGAGCGUCUUUCCUCAAAACCAGCUCCUAAACCUGAACCAAAAGCCAAAAAGCCAGCUGCCAAGAAGCCAUCCAAUGACAAAGCAGUAAAGGAGAAUAAGGGCGGAGCCAAAGGAAAGAAAGUGGAGAAAGAGUCUGCGCCCACUGCAAAUGGAGAGACCAAGCCAGACGAGGAAACUGAGACAUCAAAGACUGAGGCUGAGUCAAAAUAGUGAUUGAAGUUUGUUUUCCGGAAUAACAAAGAACAUUUUGUAUUCCUAUUGAGUAUUUUGUAAAAUGCAAUUUUUUUUAGACUUAUCGUAUUAGAUAUCCUUAGCUAAAAGUCAACUCACAAUCCCUGCUGAAGCACCAACCUCCAUCUCCCUCUCCUGUCAGAAGGAUAGAUUCAUUUCAAAGAAAGGCAACAAUUAUUCUUGAAUGUUUCACCAACAGCUUGCCUGUCAAAUGAAGCCACUUGGAAUAUGUCACAUCCUAUGAUGUAAAAGCAGCUAAUUCAUGUUUUGCCACCAGAGUACAUACCUUUAGUUCCACGCACUAAGUGGUUGCUAACAAGUAUGCCUAUGGUGUGUGUCGUCUUUGAAUCUUGUUUUAUUGGUUGAAUUCUUUAAAAGAAAGGUAUACAAUGGGAAUUACAGAUUUACCCGCAAAUUUCUGCUUUUGUAGCAUUUUGAGAUUCAAAUGUGUUCUGAGUAAAAUGGAUCAAUUAAUCAUGACCCGUAACAGUGGCAGACAUCCAUUAGCAAUAAACAAGAGGUGCUUUGUGCUAGAUGAUUAGACAAACAGAAUAUCAGACACAUUAAUAAGUCCAUAUAACUGGUUUAAGAUAUUCUCUGUAAAAUGUUUUCGAAUAAAAGGUCAAUAUAGGCUCAGUUUUGUUGCGCUUGUUUCUACUAGUUGUUGCCGUUGCAUGCCAUUAUUCUCACUGAAACAAAGCCUUUUAGUUGCUUUAGUAAUGGUAGAGUUUGUAUUUUUAACUUUGUAGAAAGCUCUUGAGGGUCCGAGGUGUUUAGUGUAAAGCUACAAAGGCCUUUCAGUGUAGUUCUUUAUAAACAGACACAUGGGACCCUAAACACAUGCACAAAUACAACUGCUGAUGUCAGAAAGUGAAAGGUCAGCAAUGCUACUGGGAGGCAGACGAGGAAAUGAAUUGACAAUCAUUGUUGGUCUCUUUGUAAACCCAGCCAAUAGAUGAAAGGCCCCACAUUAUUGUGAAUAAUGUGUAAUGAUCAUACAAUUCACAUGUUUCUGAAGCGUGAUAAUAAAAGUGCUCCCUAAUUUAAGAAUGAAGUGAUCAUUUUAGACAGUCUAUACCGUAUACUUGU